AUGAGUUUACCGGUCUCUGUUUUAUCAACAAUUGAUCAAGCAAUUCCUUCGCAGCAGCCGCCUCGAUUUGAUGAAUUAACAGACGCGCAUCAUGAUCCACAGUACUGGCGUACCAAUUUUUCGUCCUAA